UAAUGCUCUGCUAUUGGCCUAUAGCCCAAAAUUGCCCUUCUGGCUUUUCCUCUAAGACAUUGAAUCAAAUAGUGGGCCUUCAGCCCGUUAUCAAUAUUCAAACAAUCCACUGUUCGCUCAAAAGCCUGCCAAAACUCAGGCCAACGUAGAGUAUCUCCGUAAAAUUCUGGCAAUCUAGUUCUCGGAAGAUGAGGAGGAAGCACCUGCUCACUUCUAACUGGGACUCGUUCUGCAUUUAUAUUUCUGCGGACUUCAUUUGUCCGAUUUAAGCCAACUCCUAUUUCCUCUGAGAUCUCUGACUGCGUACUACGAGCAUCAGAACCUUCAGCAAGAACAAUUUCUAUGUCAUCGAUAGCCUCUCUUCCUGAGUCUAUCCAUUCUAAAAAAUGCCGUUCCUCUAUGGCAUAUCUAGCAAAAACACCUUCUUCGGCAACUCUUUCAUUUGCCGGUAAAUCUUUAAUGUAUUUCUCCCAUUUCUCAACUUUUUCCUCCACAAAAUUAAUUGCCCGACGAAUUUUAACUGCCAUUCUUUGGAGUAACUCAAUUCCUUCUUCAGUGCGUUCAGUGGCAUCUAUAACAGGCCUUACCUCUUCAAGGUAUUUUUUCAACCGUACUAUGGAUGGCGCAAUAGUACUUCUAAUCGUCCCUGACAUUUUUAUUUUUUUUUAUUUAUUUUAUUCUAAUAUUUCCCAAUUAAUCUCUUUUUUAAAUCCUUUUUUUGCCGAGCUUUUCAAAUCUUAUCUCUUCCAAUAAAUUUUUUUUUACUGGGCCUUCCUUUUCACGGCUCUUCCAAUCAAUUUAGC